UCAUGAGGGUCGAAUGAUAAAUGAUGCCGAAAAUGGAGUCGCAAAACAAACUUGUGUAAUGAAAAUAGUUGAAGUCAACCAAACUCCCCAUCUAUGCACUUUCGCCGACAGAGACAUUGCAAUUGGCGAGGAACUCCGAUAUGAUUAUGGAGUACCAACACUUCCAUGGAUUAAAGAAAUGCACGGAACAAAAAAGGGCAACACAAUGACUACUAGAUCUACGGACAGCCAGGAACCAGGACAAACAACAUCCGUACACACGGAAGAAGUCGAUGAGACGAGUACUGAAACUAAAGAACAUAGCGACACUGCACAAGAGUACAAUUCACAAGAUGCUGCAGAAAAUAUGUUGAACAGUGAAUCAGCGGAUAUCGAUGAUAGUGACAAUGACAAAGACUAUAUUCCGGAAGAAGGCGAUGCAUCGUCAGAUGAGUCGAUAGUUGUCGAACUCAUACCAAACAUUCAAAGAUUUCAAAAGAAGACAGCGUCAACACUACCUCCUGUUGAAUCCUUGCAAUCUCGUGAACGUGACGAAUCAUCCGCAGAGGCACACAAAACCAACAUCACCAUCGCUCAAACAAAUAACAACAACGUUACAAUCAACGCGUAG